AUGGAACUAUCAGCCAACGAGGUGUUGGUCAUAGAAGACGGUCUGGUUUCUGAAUCCAGCGACAUUGCGGGUGCCGAUGUUGAACUGGAUGCAGACGGACAGUUUCUGAUGCCCGGCUUUAUAGAUGCACAUGUGCACUUCCGUUUAGCGACGCUGAAUUUUGCAAAACUGUCUCAGUGGACGGAAGUUCAGUUCGGCAUUGCGAUGGCGAAACUGAGUCGGGAAACACUCGCCCGCGGGUUUACAACUGUUCGAGAUCUCGGCGGCGAUGUCAUCGGGUUAAAACGAGCAAUUCGAGCCGGCAUGGCCCAGGGACCAGACAUUGUUCAAGCCAAUCUGAUGAUUACCCAGACCGGUGGUCAUGGUGACGUUGAAUCAGGGGUUUUGCCCGUUCCCGAUUGCGCCUGUCAAAUGCGUCAUAGUGCUUUUGGCAUCGUGGCGGACGGACCGGAUGCGGUGCGCAAGGCGGCUCGCCAUGUUUUAAGAGCGGGUGCGGACUUUCUCAAAAUUCACGUGUCCGGCGGCGUUGCCACACCCAUGGAUCCCCUGGACUGUACCCAAUACACCGCAGGCGAAAUACAGGCGGCUGUCGCCGAGGCGAACAACAGAAAAACCUAUGUUGCGGCGCACGCCUAUACACCGGAGGCGAUUCAACUGGCGGUUCGCAAUGGGGUUAAAUGUAUUGAACAUGGCAAUCUCAUAGAUGAAGAAACCGCUGAGGUUAUGGUGGAACAUGAUGCAUGGCUGGUGCCAACCUUAGUGACCUACUUGGGUAUGGCUUCAGAAGGUCGAAAGCUGGGAUUCCCUGAGCGUAACCUGGUCAAGAAUGAAGCGGUAUUAGCAUCUGGCAUUGAGUCUUUAGCCAUUGCGGACAAGGCUGGGGUCAAAAUGGGUUGGGGUACCGACUUGAUCGGCGAAAUCCAGUCAAUGCAACGACAGGAGUUUGCCGUUAGGUCAAAGGCACAAUCUGCCAAAUCAAUUCUUCACGCCAUGUAUGUGAUGAACCCGAUCAUUCUGCAUAAGGCCGACAGCAUCGGGCGGCUCAGACCGGGUAUGGUGGGCGAUGUGGUUUUCACCACAAUAAACCCGUUGGAGAAUAUCGCAGGCUUAGCCAAUGAUGAUGCGGCGUGGUUUUUUUCCAUCCUGUUUUUUGCGGCAAGCGUCGGUGGACGCAUUUGGGCAGAACGGCGGCAUCCAGGGCUGAUGGCUGAGCGAACCCACUCCCUCGAAGCAUCGGAUGUCAAAGCAUGGGAUAAAAUCCUUGCCCCACUUAUGGCAUUGAGCAUUUCCUUCCCGCUGGUGAUUGUGGCGGGGCUGGAUCACCGUUUUGGAUGGUCCUCUGUGUUCCCCAUAUGGUUAAACAUCACGGGUAUUCUGUUGAUCGCAGUUGGCUACGCGUUCGGUGUGUGGGCGUUGGCGGAGAACCGCUACUUCUCCAGCAUGGUGCGCAUCCAAACCGAUCGCGGACAUGUGGUGUGUGACAGCGGCCCGUACAGAGUCGUCCGGCACCCGGGUUAUGCUGGAAACCUUCUGGCAAUACUGGGCAUUGUGCUGGCCUUAGACUCUACGUGGACACUCAUACCAGUGGGGUUCGCGCUGGUUGUCACUGUAAUCAGAACCGCCUUGGAAGAUCGCACUCUCCAGGACGAACUGCCUGGAUAUCGGGAGUACACCAGCCACGUAAGUUAUCGGUUGUUCCCUGGCGUUUACUGA